CUUAGUUGUCAGAAGCAUGUUGGCCAUGGAAAACUUGGCUCUUCUACUUCUUCUGCCAGCACAGUGACACUGGAUUUAUGUGGCAUGGAAGUGUUAGAGGACAGUGUGAGUGCCUGGAGCUGUAAGCAGGUGGCCCAGUGGCUGCAGGAACGAGGCUUUGGGGAGUAUGUGGAGUUGUUGUGUGGCCAGCACCGCCUGGAUGGGCCCAGCCUGCUGGCUCUGACUGAGGCCGACCUGCGGGGGCCUCCGCUGGGCCUCACCGUGCUGGGAGACAUCAAGCGGCUCACCAUAGCCCUCCACCGGCUCCAGAGACAGAACCAGGCGCAGCUGGAGGAGCUGGGUCUCCGUCCUGCAGACAGCUCCCCUGCUGAGCAAUUGCUGGGCACCGCAGGGAGGGAGUGGAGCUGCGAUGGAGCUGACAGGAGGUGUAAUGGAGGGGAUCGCUUUUAUAAUGGGACAGAGCUGAGGCUGAGGAACGGUGACAGAUCUGCGUUAUGCUCAGCAUCUACGGCUCACACACACUAUAACGGGAGGUGUAGGCAGCACCUGUCGGGCAGGCUGGACCCAGAGGUGUGGAAGACGACCGUCAGCUCCAUAUACGUCUUUUUCGUGUUUGGAUUCACAUCUUUCAUCAUGGUCAUCGUACAUGAGCGAGUCCCGGACAUGAGGACGUACCCCCCACUCCCUGACAUAUUUCUGGACAGUGUUCCCAGAAUCCCUUGGGCUUUUGCAAUGGCUGAAGCCUGUGGCGUCAUCCUGUGUUACAUGUUUAUAUUGAUCCUACUCCUCCACAGACACAGGUCCAUCCUCUUCAGACGGCUGUGUUCUCUGAUGGGAACUGUGUUUUUGCUUCGUUGUUGCACCAUGUUUGUCACCUCGCUCUCCGUGCCUGGGCAGCACCUGAAGUGUGUCAGUAAGACGUACGGUGAUAUCUGGGGAAAGAUGCAAAGGGCACUAUUGAUCUGGAGUGGCUUUGGGAUGACUCUGACAGGCGUCCAAACUUGUGGAGACUACAUGUUCAGUGGACACACCGUUGUCAUCACAUUGCUCAACUUUUUUGUAACUGAAUACACUCCACGAUCUUGGAAUCUUAUCCACACCAUCUCCUGGGUGUUAAACCUGUUUGGGAUUUUCUUCAUCCUGGCGGCUCACGAGCACUACUCCAUCGACGUGUUUAUCGCCUUCUACAUCACCACCCGCCUCUUCCUCUAUUACCAUACCUUAGCAAACACCCGCGCCUUCCAGCACAGCCGGAGAGCGCGCAUAUGGUUCCCCAUGUUCUCCUUCUUCGAGUGCAAUGUGAACGGACCUGUGCCCAACCAGUACCACUGGCCCUUCAGCAAACCUGCCUUCAUGAAAUCUAUGAUCGGAUAGAGUUCCAAAGUGCAGCUGCAGCAAUGAACACAGACAGUUAUAUUAAAGCCUGAAGGAGAAACUUUUAUUUAAAAUGCUGCUUCCUAUCUUGAUGUGGGAGUUUUUUUCCCUCAUUUCUAUAACUGAAUGAUUUUUAUUUUGUAACUAAUCUUAUACUAGUUUGACAUUUUUGGAAUAUGCCUAUGCUUUCUUGUUUUUUUAGCUAAAUAAGAUGACAGCAUAUGGUUAUCUUAGUUUAGCAUAAAUACUGGAGCUGGAUUAUAGGGCCUAUAGGUACGGAUGGUUUUGUUUAUUUUUGCUUUGAUUAAUCACUUUUAUCGAUCAUGUUCCACUUUGGGAAGGUUUAAGGUUCACUGGUGCUGUUGGCUUCACUCAACAUCUACAGCAGAAAACUGACGAGGCUUCACACAGCUGAAAUGCAGGUUGAUACUGCAGUUGGCACUUUUUUGGGAAUCGUUGUGGUGACAGUUUACAUGUUGUUUUGCUGCAAGACAUUUGACACCUGUCGCAACUAAGAAAGGAGAAACAGCUUCUUUUGUUGUGCAACAGGAAAACUCCUCCUGUUCUCUAAUGAAAGAGCUCUGUUUCAAUCACUUCUUUUUCACUUUACUAAUUGAACUCUUUGUUGUAUUUGAUAUGUCAUCACUGGGCUACUGUAGCCUCCCAGUUAAACUUAACCAAAUAUCUGAACAUUUAUUAUAAUGUCCAGUUUUGCCAGUUAGGCCUUAGUAUGAUUUUUUUUUUUAUCCUAAUUUGAUACCGUUUUAUGUUUUUAUUCCAGAUUGUUAAUUAUGUAAUGAUUAUAGAAAUGUGUGGAGAUGGAUUUCUUUGAAGCUUUAUUGUCUUUAAACUCUGUUGCACAGUACAAAGACUGGAUUUAUGGGUAACAAAGUUUCAAAGUAUAUUGUUUACGUCAUGGUUGAUCCAAAGUAUAUCUUUUAAAUAAUUGUUUACAAUUUGUUUUGCUUUAUUUGCAAUGCAAGUAAUCUAUCUCUGCCUUUUGGCUCAGCAAUACAAGUUUACACAUGAAGAAAACAGUUUUUAUAUUUUAGACUGACUGUUUCCUUGGCUGCUUUUUCACUAAUGUGUUUCUUUUUGCAUUUGUUGAAUAAAAUUAAUUUGACAUAUUAAAGAAAAUUCCACAUUGCU